UCCCAUCAUGCCGCGCGAUCACGAUAGUGGCGAACGUACAGGCAGCAGGUAAACAAGACCAAGAAAGACCUUAGUGAUGCAAAACAACGGGUUUGCCUGUGUUUCACACCACAGCGCGUUAUCAGUCACGGAUUUUAGCUGCUUAGACGUGAUGCCUGACGUCGAUCUGCUGAGUAAUGUUUAAAACGAGGUGUUCAUGCGUGUAGAAGAAGUAACGCCGCUGUAAUUCGUGUGCGAAACGAGUCCAAACGUCGUGACUUUCCGCAAUGGAGCGAUUUAGUGUGGCAGGGCGAAUUCACGGCUUUAAACCUGACGUUUGCCGGCACAAACAAUAGCAUCUGCGGCAGAAUUAGCUCCGUCGCAAUGGGACCCAUCCUGCAGGAACGGACGGCAUCGACGAUCUUGAAGAGGGUGCCGGUGAAGGAGAAGGUUAGAGUGAAGAACGUGGAAAACACUGGGAUCGUUACCAGCAAUAAAAGAGGAGGCAAGGUCAAUCAGAACCAGAAGGCUCAGAAGAAAACAAGCUCACUGAAUAAGAACAUCCUUCCAGUCCAGAACAAGGAGCCCUUGUCCCGAGCUGAAAUUGGCCAAAAUGGAAACAGACCAAAGCACGUCAAGAGUCCUACAGCUGGCACGUGCAAGAUUUCUAACACCCAAGGUGAAGCUGACCCAAGGCACCCCAGAUCCAAACCCUUUCGUGCGGAGUGUGAGGAGGAGAGGCAGAAGGUACAGCCUCAGUCCCAGUGCUGCGGUGAUGGGGAGCAGAGCCUUGCUGCCCGGGAAAAGAGCCGCCGCGCUUUAUCAUUGCCACUGGCUCCUCAGCCAGCACUGCAUCAGAUCCCCCUGCAGAAACACAUCCCUGACCUGGAGUCCCUGCGCCUCCUGGAGCACAAAGAGGAUGACACAGAUAGCGCCAGCGACCUGUCCGACUCUGAGCGGCUCCCUGUUCUGCCUUCUCCCUGCACUCCUCCGCAACUCAACCUCCGUGCAGAAGUCAUCAAUUCCAUGGACCUGCACCCUCAUAUACCAGGCCCCAGGACAGCACAAUCAGAGAGCGGCAGCUAUAGCUACCCAGACUUUCUGCCUCCACCGUUCAACACCUGGAGCCUGAGGCAACUGGCCAUCUUCCUGAAUACGGAGGGUAAACGUGCCCCGAGACCCAAACCGGUGGGGCAGCUUGAGAAGUACUUAGAACGUCUUCUGCAGCUGGAGUGGCACCAGAUCCAAACCAUCCAGGCUGAAAGUGGCCGGCCCAUAGCUCCCAUCAUCCGUCCUAGGGGUCGUGCCCCUAUUGGUCCACCGAUCACGAGUCGUCCCCGGCCCCACACUGCGCCACCCACACGGCUCAGUUCCCCUAAGAGCCUACGCCAGACCCAGCGUGGCUUCCCCUUCACCCUCCUCUCCUCUCUUGGCAGCCCAUCUUCUGGUCAGCUCUCUCGGCCUGUCUGCCCUCACUGCCAUGUCCGCUACCCGCUCUGCAACGGCAGCUGCUCUUCAUACGCCUACCAGCGCCACUCCCGCCUCAGCCCCCUGCUGGAGCGCAAAGCCCCUCCCACCAUCACCCAGAAGCGAAGCAGCAGCGAGAGCCGGGCCUCGGCUUCAGAGAACCGAGGCACAUACCAAAAAGCUCAGCAUCCCGUCAGUCCACAGGCGGGGAAAAGCCACCAGAAACACAUGCAGGCCUCCGGGAACAUGCGCAGAGCUUCUCAGGAACUCUGCACUAACAGCAAAGGCCAGCCGACAGCCAGGAAAGGGCGCGCCAACAGAGCAGUUGAGGCAGAUAGGCAGAAAGAUUCAACUAUGGGAGGGAAAAGUAUGGGUCCUGACAAGCAGGUUGUUGCUGGUAAGCGAGAGAGUGGUGGUCCAGGAAAGAGAGGAGAGAAAGAAGGGCAGAGGACAGAGAACGGGAGUAGUGGUGCAAGGGCUGGGGCUAAAAGAGCGGCCAGUGAAAGUAAUGGCUUUAAGGGGACCUCAGCUGCCAGGGCAAAUGGGAAAGUGAAAAAUAUCCAGUUUGCCAAGUAACAAGAUCAUAAGUCUCAUAUCGCAGCACUAAGCGCACAGUAUGUACUUAGUAUUUAUUUACAAAAGAUCAAGCUGUAGUUCCUCCAAUUCCUGGAUGACGGUUUUCGUUUAAGUAGUAGAACAAAGUUUCAUUUCACGAUAGAUUAGCUUACAACUCAGUUAGGACAGCUAUUCAGACAUCAGAUGUAUGUAUUCAAGUUGAAUCAGUUAUUGGUGCAAGAGGCAGUUAUAAAGUUAUAAAAACUCAUUUCUGAUUCACGUUUUAAGUUUGUACGUUUAGGGUUUGCUGGAGAUGUGAACAGUGUGUGUUUUGAAGUGUCUGAGCUUUUGCUAUCUUGAUGCCAGCUGUUCCGAUUGGUAAUAAUAUUGGUCAAAGAAUGUAUAUUUUUGAGAUGAAUAAUGAAUGUUUUGUAACGGCUACAUGUAUUUUUGUAAGGUGUUAUGUAUAAGGGCUUUUCUCUAUUUAAUUUAGGCUAAUCUAUUUUUGCAAACUAUUUAUUUCUUAUUUAUUGCCCUUUUUUGUUCGUUUAAAUAUGUAUUGCUUGCAAUAUGUGUGGAACUUGCAUAUUUCAAAUACCAUAAAAAAAUGAGCCACAACUUUUCAUAAGAUUUAGUGACAUUGCUGUAGAAAUUGAUGAAUGCAUUUGUUUAGUAUUUUUCAUUUUAUUUUUUUUAGUGUGGGACAUUCGCGCCCUCAAAUAAUGGAUUUAGUUUGAGACCAUGGCCUUUUCUCAGUAUCUUCAUUUAAUUGUAAGGCUUCUUCUUCAGGUUCCAUUCCUGAGAAGGUGCUUUCGACUGUUCAUUGUGUCUUUCAAGACUGCAUGUGUUCAUUAUACCAGGACAGUAGUGGUAGUGACGGAGUAAUUGUGUAGUUUUUUACAUAUCUGUACUUGAAUAAUGUUGGCUGGUGCCUGGUUGAGGUAGGACUUGCUACUGUAUUUCUGCACCUUGUAUCUCCAAAUUGGUAACUUUACAGGAGAAGGAAAAAACUAACUUAAAUUUUAAUGCAAGUCAAUGGAACUUUUUUCUUCCCCAAGUCGUUUUGGGACGUUUCUUUUGAUCCAUUCAUCGUGAAAUUUACAAACAACGUAAAUGACAACAGGCUUUUUCAAAAUACGUCAAAAACUGAAAAACGACAAAAAUGGAGAUACAAGGUUUUUUCUUCCGACAGCAGCGACUUCUAUUUAGUAUCACCUCAUUUUUGAUGUCUGUAAAUCCAUCAAAGACACUUCAUGAGGGAGGGAAUGUUUAAGAACCUUACCAGGUUGUGCUGUUGUUUUGCUGGGACGUGACUUUCAGUAGAGAUGACUGCAGCUAUUUUUUGAGAAACAGCAUAAAGUUUUUCAUGACAUCA